UUCUUCGAACAAGACCAUCUCGUCCCGCUCUCUCUUUCAGACUGCAGUGAGAGAGAAGGGAGUGAAAUUGAAAAAGAAUGAGACUUAAUUUCGAGUUACCGGUGUCGAAGUCGGAGGAGAGCCGAUCCCUGACGCCGAAAGAGGAAGUCCAGUGGGUCGCGCUCAAGGACCACCCAGUCUUCUGCCCCGAUGCCUCAUCUUCCUUUCCUCCUGUGGCCGCCAACAAAAAUGGCAUCCUCUCGCGCUUCCCCAGGAACCUAAUUGCGUGGGACGGAGCGUCUAGACUCUACUUCUGGGACUCUGCUAGGAAGUGCCUCCACCGCAUAUCUCUUCGAUUAGGUGAACCCGAGCCUACUUCGGUCCUCGCCGCCUUCCCUUCUAAGGUAAUGCAAGCAGAUGUGGAGCUGGAUUUCGCGGUGGAGAAAAUCUCCAUUAAUAGAGAUGGAUCCGCCUUACUCCUUGCUGGUUCAAGUGGUUUAUCUGUCAUGUAUCUCUAUGGACGCACUUCCAGGAAGGACAACAACAUUAUUUGCAGGACUGUUAAAGUUGGUGCACAAUUCUAUUUCGACAGCAGCAAUAUGAUACGCAUGCUACAAGUUUCAUGGCAUCCUUACAGCAAUACCCAUCUAGGAAUUAUUUCUUCUGAUUCUGUUUUCAGACUUUUUGAUCUAUCUUCAGAUCUUGUGCAACCAGAGCAAGAAUAUUUUCUUCAGCCUCUUGAACCGGGAAGAUCUAGAAGUGCUGCAUCAAUCUGCCCUGUUGAUUUUUGUUUUGGGGGAUACCACUUGUGGGACAGGUUCAGUGUCUUUAUAUUAUUCAGUGACGGUUCAAUUUACAUAAUUUGCCCAGUGGUUCCAUUUGGAAGUGCUUACAAAUGGGAAUCAAUUCUGGAGAUUUAUAAUGAUGCUCAAGUGUUCGGGGUGAAAUCAGCCAAUUCAACAGCUGUUCGUAAUUCUAAUAUUGCAAUCUCUUGGUUGGAAGCGACAUUUCCGGAGUUAGCUCAACGAGAAAUGGAUGAUGGGAAUCUACCUAUGCUAAAAGCUCAUCCUCAUACCUUAUUUGAUGCAUCACUGGCUCUGCAGGGUCCUCUACGUAAAGUAUGUAUUAGCAAAGAGGAUGAGGCUUUAGCAGUUCAGGGAGCAGAGUGUGAAGGUCAUGCAGUCAGUCUUCUUUAUAAUUUGGUCAGCAAGGAUUCAAUUUUGGUGACUGCCUGGAGUGGUGGGCAAUUGCAAAUAGAUGCCCUAGCUGAUGAAAUCCAGCCAGUAUGGAUAUUCGGAAGUCCACCUCGUCUUCGUGUGGAUGCGCAUGGCCAUAUUCUUGGUCUUGCCAUGAUUUGUGAAUCAAUUUCGGGUGAACUUUCUGUUGUGAAACUUGAUCAACCACUUGACCAUACAGUCUGGUUGGGGCAUCCACCACCAUUGUUGAGACUGGCUAUAGUGGAUUUAGCCUUUCCUAAACAAACUGAAGGUGGUUCCACAAUUACAAUGUUUGUUGAUUCGCUGAUGCCAGAAAGAAUUUAUUUCCUUCAUGAUGGUGGAAUUGAUUCCAUAGUAUUGCAUUUUCUCCCUUUUUCAAGCCAGACCAGUGGAAAGGAUGAGAGUAUCAAAGUUCCCACUGUGCAUCCUGUUGUAAGUACAUGCCAAGGAGAAGCCUCCUCAUCACCUCUAGUCGGCUUCAUUUCCUUGUCCGACUCAUUUGGUUUCUCAUGGAUUGUGGGAGUCACCUGUACCAGAGAAUUCAUUGUGUUAGAGAUGAAAAUGUGGGAUCUAUUGGUUUCUGUUCAUGUCGAUUCAGAGAAGAAAGCUAACAGGGAGGAGCAGAAAGAGAUUGAUACCCCAGAUAUCAUAAGCAAAGAACUCCUUAGUGGUCCAAAGGUGGUCCUUGUUCCUCAGGCUUCACCAAAUCUACGUUCCGUUUCUGCUGAUUCUAUUGAAGGUCGAUCAACUCUUCAUCAGUACUUCAAGCUUUUCCAUGAAAAUUAUGUUGAAUAUGCACAUAAGGUGUAUUUUGAGCUCAAACAUCAUGGCCCUCAUAUAAAGAGAGUCAUUGAUGACCAACAUGCCCGUUUGGCUGAGGCACAACAGAAGAUGUUGAAAGUGGAGGAAAAGCAAUCACUAAUAAAGGAGAGAAUUGACCACGCAUUCCAGCAACACAAUGUUUUGGAACAGCGCUUGCAACAUCUUAGGAGCUUACCUGGGGCACAUAAGAAACCAUUGUCUAAAGCAGAGAAAGAAUUGAAGUCUGGGCUUGAUCGAUUUACAGGAGUUGAGUUGGAUGCAAUGCGUUAUUCUAUUGAAGCUUUAAGAGCGAGACUGAGAAGACACACUCAAUCUCCAAAAGGCACUGUAGGGAACCAGCAAAGGCAAAUACCAAAGCAGAGUUACAUCCAAGACAGUCGAAUCACCCAGCUGAAGUCAUCACUUGCUAAACUUUCUAUUGUCAAUAGUGAGAAUUCAAAGAAGGUUAAGCUUCUGGAAUCUGUCCUGAAAAACUGUGAAAGCAGCAAAAUCUGAAUGGAUUUGUUUUCUUCUGUAACUUUGACUCAUCGGACCGAGGUUCAGUAAUAGAGUCAAGUUGAGAGAUUCUUAGAUUACUCUUAUUUUUCUGAUUUUGCACGUUAGAUUAGCUGGUGAUGGUCCAAGAAGGCCUUCCUUAUUUGUAGAUGGUUGACAAGGAUGCACAAAGUGAUGCAUCCAGUGGCAUAUGGUUCAAAUUCCUUGCGCCAAUAACCUGCUGUUAUGUUUGCGGGCAACUGAUGUCUCAAAUAGGUACUAGUGUUUGGAUGAACGUGAUAGGAAAUGUAUUCUUGCUGAUAUAAAGACUAUAUGAAAAAUUACCUUGUAUGUAUAGGACUCCUAACAUUGGCACAGAGAGAUUGUUGUUCUAUUGCUAGGCAAAUGGCUUUUAUAUCACUUUUGUUUAUGAUA